AUGCAUCGCGUUGGCAGAUGGCUUGAUCGCGGGCGGUCUGCUGCCAAUGCUUCCACUCAGAGCCUCGAUUCUCUGGCAGAAUCGCAAAACUUGGAAACCGCACUCCGUGCUGUCGAGCUGAUCAUGGAUGAUGACAUUACUGGAGCAGAGAAGGGCCUCGCUGAAGGGAACUCGGCAUUUCACAAACUUGCCAAAGGCACUCUUGGCUUCAUGAGGGCCACUCUUGGAUUUGAGCAGGAGGUCAUGAAGGAGGCUUCCGACACCCUCUACGAGGCCGAGUCCAGUGCCUCGGCCAGUUAUUACAAAGCCCAACAUGAUAGCCGCGCUUUCAAUUCCUCCAUUUACGAGAGAGGAUCGGAGUUUGCUCUGUGCCAAGCGGAGGCUCAAAUCAUGUCUGCCGUCGUUGGUGUGUUGAACGAGAGUCUGACCGAAUCUAUUAAGGGCUUCUAUAAGCUGAGAAAGGCUUACAUCACGCUAGAUAGCCUGGUUCAGAUGGAAGUCAAUUUUAUGAAGACUCGAGGGGUGAGGAGCUUGGCCAAUUCAAGAGCCGAGUCCACCGAAAGUCUUCAUUCUCUUGCCUCGCAGAAAUCGGCCAGAUCUGUUCAAGACAAACCCAAGCCUGUAUCAGAAAACCAAGUCCGAGAUCCUGUUCAGCCUGCAAACCCUUCAGCACUACGCAAUGCUGAAACAGUGGACACAGUCUCAGAUGACAGCUCCGGUGAUGAGGAUGUUUUCCAUGAAGCCAAGCCCAUAAGGAAUGAGAACCCUGUCACCCAAGAGUAUACUGGACAUCUUGAAAAGUCAAUCGAAGCAGAAGACAUGACUGAUCUAGACCGAAAGAUUGAGCGGAUGAAUAUUCAGCACCAUUCAGAGACGCUGCAAGCCGAAGGACUUAUGAGACCUCCACCUCCCACCAGUCUUGGUAUGCUCACCGAAGAUGCCGAUUCGGAAAUCUUCGCAAACUCUCUAGAUGUCUUUAUUCAUUCUGGCACCAACUUGAUGUCUGGUCUACUGUCUUUGCUCAUCUCAGUAAUCCCCCCAGCAUUCAACAAGCUGCUGUAUAUCAUCGGAUUUCGAGGCGACCGGGAGCGGGGUAUUCGUAUGCUCUGGCAGGCAAGCAAGUUUUCUAACAUCAACGGCGGCAUGGCCGGUCUUGUACUCUUUGGCUGGUACAAUGGCCUUGUCGGCUUCUGCGACAUCAUUUCUGACUCGGAUCCCUCGGACCCAAACAAUGUGGAUGGAUAUCCGGCUCCGCGUUUACAGGCUCUUUUGGUGGACAUGCGUCGACGAUACCCAAACAGUCGACUUUGGCUGAUCGAAGAAGCAAGAAUGGCUGCGUCAAAACGACAGGUAGAUACUGCGCUGGACCUGCUCUCUGCCCCUGGCAAAAGCCAAAUGAAACAAAUCGAGGCACUUCAUAUGUUCGAAAAGAGUUUGAAUGCAAUGUAUGCCCACCGCUAUAAGCUUUGCGCAGACUCAUUUCUCGCUUGCGUCGACCUGAACAGCUGGUCCCAGGGUCUUUAUUUCUACAUUGCGGGCGCAUCUCACCUGGCGGCAUACCGGCACGACAAAUCGCUCAGUGAGCAGAAACGGAAAGACCAUGCGAGGAUUGCCGAAGAGUAUUUCAAGACUGCGCCAACGAAAGUUGGAAAGAAGAAGAUGAUGGGCCGCCAACUACCCUUUGACGGCUUCGUCGUGCGCAAACUCGCCAAAUGGGAAGCCCGCGCGAUAAGGUUAAACUGCAGUUUUGUGGACGCCAUAGGCGUCAACCCUCUUGAAGAAAUGAUCUUCCUAUGGAACGGAUACAAAAAGAUGGACGCACGACACUUGCAAGAAUCGCUAGACAACCUGGCGUGGUCGGAAGACCCCACGAAGAACCCACACUCCUGGGAGCAAGAGGAGCUCGAUGAACGCUCCAUCCUCGCGCUCCUCCGAGCCGUCAUCCUGCGCAACCUGAGCCGACACAAGGAGUCCAAGGAUAUCCUCGUCCAGAAUAUCCUCAACCACGCAUCCCAUGAGUUCAAGGGCCUUAACCACGACGAUUGGACCGCCCCGACCGCGCACCAUGAGAUGGCGGUCAAUCUGUGGAUGCAGCGAUCGUCGUAUGCAAAGCUUAACGGCGCGAAACUCCAGGGUGAUGAUCCAUCAAAAGAAACGAAUGUUGAGAAGGUCGCUCCGCCACCACAGCUCGAUCAUGCCGGUGACUUUAAGCUGGUCCAGGAGUGCAAGGUGCACCUGGAAAAGGCCAAGAAUUGGGAGAAGUAUGAGCUUGAUGCUAGGUUAGGUAUGAAGAUCACGGCUGCCAUGAAUGCUGUCAAGCAGUGGGAGGAGAAGAAGGCUGCGACCCAAUUGGUUUAG